UACACAAGCCCUAACCCACGUGACCCACACACAUAUAUUUAGCUUUCACUAGCUACUAGUUAGAUAACAACAACUAACCACGUUCAACCUCUCUCACAGGUUAUGAAGCCCUUGCACUUCUAUGAAGUGUUAUAACCAUGCAAUAAUCAUACAAUAAGCUUUUCAAAUAGCUGCUUUUUUCAUUCAAAUACCCCAUAUCAAAUGCCUGUCAAUACGAGAUUGAUCAACCGCGAAGAGACUUCAGAGAAUCAGAUAGCUGGAUUCUUUCCAACACCAAUAACCGCGCGAAGACGAUGCAAUAAUCAAGCCCAAGAUAAUCCUCCAGAACCCGAAGAUAUGGCAGACCAUGAUGAAGCCACCAUUCUGAGGCAGCUUAUUGCUCAGAAGGAUGAGGAAAUACACUGA